AUGCUCUCUCCUCUUGUGGGCUACCCUCGCUUUAAGGACUGGGUUCUCAGUCACGUCCUUGAUCGCUGGGAUACGGCUGCGCGGAUCGCACGCUUGACCGGCGUUGGUCCUACGGCUAAAUCCGACGCGGACGCCGGCUACACAUACAAAGAGCUGGAUCUGACAAUCGUCCAUGCACUCGAUGAUCAUGACAUUCCAUGGUACGAAGGCCGUCUUGUUUGGACGGCGGCAACGGGCGAAAACCUGGAGAGUGCCCCCGGUGAGGUGGUCUAUGAGGCACGCGACAAGAAGGGUGUGACGCAGGUGGCUAUCUGGGAGAACUGUAUUGCAGGACACUCCAAGACAGGGAAGAAGAAACCCGUUAAGAAGGUUAGAUGGGAACGAGUUGGUUAUGGUGGUCAUAACCAAGUUGCAACCUUUUCGGUCUCUGCUCUGGCGGUCUUACGAGCUUUUGAAGAGUGA